AUGUACGGCUUUGUGAAUUACGCUCUCGAGUUACUGGUAACCAAAACUUUUAACGAAGAAACAUGGGAGACAAUCAAGAAAAAGGCUGAUGUGGCUAUGGAGGGCAGUUUCCUGGUGAGACAGAUUUACGAAGAUGAGAUCACGUACCAUCUGAUUACUGCUGCUGUCGAGGUUCUGCAAAUACCCGCUGAUGCUAUACUGGAGUUAUUCGGCAAGACAUUCUUUGAAUUUUGCCAAGAUUCAGGAUAUGAUAAAAUUUUACAAGUGUUGGGAGCAACACCACGCGAUUUCUUGCAGAAUCUCGACGGCCUUCACGACCACCUCGGUACGUUGUACCCUGGGAUGCGAUCACCAUCGUUCCGAUGCACCGAGCGACCAGAAGACGGAGCACUGGUACUUCAUUAUUACUCAGAUAGACCUGGAUUGGAACACAUCGUCAUUGGAAUUGUUAAGACGGUAGCAAGUAAACUGCAUGAUACCGAAGUGAAGGUGGAAAUUCUGAAGACCAAAGAAGAAUGCGAUCACGUUCAGUUUCUUAUCACCGAAACUUCAACGACUGGUCGCGUGUGUGUACCCGAGAUGGCUGAAAUUGAAACUUUGUCACUUGAACCAAAAGUGAGCCCAGCAACAUUCUGCAGAGUAUUUCCAUUCCAUCUAAUGUUCGAUCGUGAACUGAAUAUUGUUCAAGCUGGACGCACUGUCUCCAGGCUGCUUCCUAGAGUCACUAAGCCCGGAUGCAAGAUCACCGAUGUCUUAGAUACGGUGCGACCCCACUUGGAAAUGACAUUUGAAAAUGUUUUGGCUCAUAUCAAUACGGUGUAUGUGCUGAAGACCAAGUCGGAAGAGAUGAUGGCUAUUACUGAUGUACAAGAGGACAUUGCUUCACUGCGUUUGAAGGGUCAAAUGCUUUACAUUCCGGAGACCGACGUAGUUGUUUUCCAGUGCUACCCUAGCGUCACUAAUUUGGAUGAUUUGACAAGGCGCGGUCUCUGCAUCUCUGACAUUCCACUCCACGAUGCAACCCGUGACCUGGUUCUUAUGUCAGAACAGUUUGAAGCUGACUACAAACUGACACAGAAUCUGGAGGUUCUAACCGACAAACUUCAACAAACUUUCAGGGAACUUGAUUCAGAGAAACAGAAGACUGACAGGCUCCUCUACUCGGUCCUUCCGAUCAGUGUUGCUACGGAACUUCGUCAUUGCCGUCCAGUGCCAGCUCGACGCUAUGAUACGGUCACCCUACUGUUCAGCGGUAUCGUGGGCUUUGCCAACUAUUGUGCUAGGAAUACCGACCACAAGGGAGCAAUGAAAAUUGUCAGGAUGCUCAAUGACUUGUACACGGCGUUUGAUGUGCUUACUGACCCGAAAAGGAAUGCUAACGUUUACAAGGUUGAAACAGUGGGUGACAAAUACAUGGCUGUAUCAGGAUUACCAGAGUAUGAAGUCGGUCAUGCCAAACAUAUUUCGCUGCUUGCUCUCGAUAUGAUGGAUCUUUCACAGACAGUAACUGUGGACGGGGAACCCGUUGGUAUCACAAUCGGCAUUCACACCGGUGAAGUGGUGACCGGGGUCAUAGGUCACCGUAUGCCACGCUACUGCCUCUUUGGAAAUACGGUUAACCUGACUAGCCGCUGCGAGACCACUGGUGUACCUGGCACGAUUAACGUCAGCGAAGAUACUUAUGGAUACCUGAUGCGUGAAGAUAAUUAUGACGAACGCUUCGAACUAACGUACCGUGGACACGUUUCUAUGAAAGGAAAAGCUGAACCCAUGCAGACAUGGUUUUUAACCCGAAAGAAGAUCUAA